ACAGUAGCAGUAGACUCCUUGAAAACUGUCAUCACUUGAUUUUGUAAAAAUUUGUUUUUUAACAAUGUCUCACAGCAAAAUUAUAAAUCCGUUACGUUAUCGUACAAAGUCAUCAACGAAACUCAAACCACAUUUUCGAAACAUCGACAAAACCUUGGAGCUGCUAGAAAAAGAAGAUGAUGAACUCAAAACCAAAUUACUGCAUACAAAUUGUAGUACGAAACUGUUACAGGAUCGCGACAAUAUGGUGUGGGAAAUCGAACGGCGAUUGGACCGUCAUGAAGAACUUCUCGAGGACAUUAAAACGAAAAAGUCGAACAUCGAACAUUUAAAGCUCGGCAUCAAGGAAGUUGAUACAAAGUCCUUCCAAUUGGCUGCGUCGGCAAUAUCUGACUUUCAGUAUAGCAAUAAUCUGAACAGAGCUAAACGAAUUAAGGAGAAUUUGGAAAGCCGAUUGACUGCACUGAAACGAAACGAGUGUACAGUUAUAGCGGAAAACAGUCGAUUGAAUGAAAUGAUGGACAAGAUGAUGAAUGACCGGCAAAUGUUCUGUGAAACAUGGAUGAAAUUAGACAAUCAAUUGGCUGAAAAUAAGAAAUUUCUUCUAAAAAAAACGGAUGGGCUGACUAAAGUCUUCGGUGAAAGCGACUAUUUGCGUGCGGAAAUGAAAGCAAUUAAUGAAAAGGCACGACGCUUUGAGGCGAUGCAUAUGGCUGAAGCUAGAACUAUGGUUCGGAAGACUGUUUUCGAUGAAAAUACACUUAAAUUUAUGUCAGUAAAACGAAACAAAAGGCUGACCGGCUCGGAAGCAAACAGACUUAGCACACUUCUGACAAAUACAAGAGAAUCUAACACUCAGAUGAACUAUCGAAAGCAAUCAAUUACCAAGGAGAUUCAAGAGUUAUUCAAGAAAAUCAAUGAAAUCUUACAAGUCUUGUCUUUAGUUGACCGACUGGACGAUUUUAACAUUGAGAAAAAGAAAGAGGUUGAAUACGACGUUACCAAAAUAUUAGACAGGCUAGAUACUUGGCUUGAAAAUAGGCCGUAUUAUGCGUUGAAAAACCCAAAUACUUGGAGAUGUGGUAGAUAUAGCUCUGCAUCAGAAAGAGUGAAACCGACACCAGCCAUUAAAAAUGUGACAAUAAACGAGCAGCCAGUUUCGCCCAUCGACGUGAACAGUAUAAGGAAAGAACGAUUCCACACAAAUUCGUCCAACAAAACCGAAUCCGGUCAUUUGGUAGGAAUCAGCAAAGGACCGGCUUCCGGUUCGAGAAUAUCAGCGGACAAAUAAAACGUAUGUUACACAUUGACGAUAUUUCCGAAUAAAAUUUAUUUACUUAAAA